AUGCCCCCCCACCGGCCACCGUUGAAUACUUGUUGCGCCCCCGUUGAAACCGCAAUCCGCCCCCAGCACAUGUGUCUUGGCAAAUUUGUUCAUACAUAUGGCCCGAUUUUCACGCCUGUGCAGAAGGACUGGUUGAAAGAUCAUAUACCACAGUAUAUGCAGUGGCCUCCUACCUCAGAUGAGACGAUCACAUUAAUACAGACCAUGAUUAUUGAUUUUGACCGCAUGUGGCCACUUCACCAGAAAUUGUGGCCCGGGUUGAAUAUUCACAUUUUGCUGAGUGACAGCAUGCGUGCCAAAUUGAUGGCGGAGAUGCUGAUUCUUCGAGCAAAAUGGUUCUGGUACUGGGCGUUGGGCAAGCUUAAGAAGCUUGUCGCCAUUUCCCAAAUCCCAUGGAAGUCAUCCUCCAUUUCUUGGACGUCCGACCCUGCCGGCCUAUGGAGUAUAUAUUCGGGACUGUGUCUUUCCCUCGAUGAUCAGAAGGCACUGUCUCAGGCCUUAGACAUUGGCACAGACACGGGCACCGAUGGUGAUACAUCCAAUGAUAACAUCACCUUCAGAAUAGGCCUGGCCCUGCCACUGGCAGCACCGAAACAGCAUCUGGCCGCUCUUCCCGCUGUCUCUGAUGACCCCCCUGCUACAACCAUUGACAGUCUCAGGGAAGCUGCACCAGUUGCUUCUCUGGCGCAGCUGCUGCCUCUAGUGCUGGCACCUGCUCCUACUUCUGCCCCCGCAACUGCACAAUGCUGCUGCUCCCACUGUGGUUCCUGCAGGAAAUGGGAUGCAACCGGUCCAAAAGUGCUCAGUGUCUCUCGAGCCAUCUACCACAAGGUGGAUUCCAUCGAGCAAGGCAUAAACAUCAUGAAGGGUGCAAUUGAUCGUGGUGAUGCUUCGCAGGCAUUGUAA